AGUCGGUACUUUACUACAGCCAAUAGCUGUCCAUGGUCUCUCUCUCUCUCUCGCUCCUUAGAAAUCCAUUGUUGAGUUCAGCCUCAACUGAACACAAUCAGAUCCAAAUUUACUAUAACCCCUAAUAAAUCACUUGUUGUUAACUUUAGUAAAGAUCGGAUUUUGAUCCCAAAACAACAACAGUAUGAGCGUAAUCGACAUUCUAACCCGAGUUGAUUCUAUUUGCAAAAAGUACGACAAAUACGACCUCGAAAAGAACAAGGAUGCCAAUGUCUCAGGCGAUGAUGCCUUCGUCAGACUCUACGCCUCUGUUGACUCCGACAUCGACUCCCUACUCCAGAAAGCAGAAACUGCUUCCAAGGAUAGAGGGAAGGCAUCUGCUGUAGCGAUUAAUGCGGAGAUUCGUCGUACUAAGGCUCGGUUGCUUGAAGAGGUUCCCAAGUUGCAGAGGUUGGCUAUCAAAAAGGUAAAAGGGCUUUCGUCGCAAGAAUUUGCUGCCCGUAAUGAUCUGGUUCUUGCGUUGCCAGAAAGAAUCCAAGCUAUCCCAGAUGGGACUCCUGCUGCGCCAAAACAAACUGGUGGCUGGGCAGCUUCUGCCUCACGUGCUGAAAUUAAAUUUGAUUCAGAUGGGCGGUUUGAUGAUGAAUACUUCCAGUCAACUGAGCAAUCAAGUCAAUUCAGGCAGGAAUAUGAAAUGCGUAGAAUAAGACAGGAUCAAGGUUUAGAUGUGAUUGCAGAAGGAUUGGAUACUUUGAAAGACAUGGCACAUGAUAUGAAUGAGGAACUGGAUAGACAAGUUCCCCUGAUGGACGAGAUUGACAGUAAGGUCGACAAGGCGUCCUCUGAUCUUAAGAAUACUAAUGUUAGACUUAAACACACCGUGAAUCAGCUUCGAUCCAGCCGAAACUUCUGUAUUGAUAUUGUUUUAUUGAUUAUAAUUUUGGGAAUUGCUGCCUACUUAUACAAUGUGCUAAAGAAAUGAUGAUGAUACACGAAGACUAUGAAUGUAUUCCCAUGGUUUGCUUGUGUUCAAGAAUAAUAUUGUGUCUGAUUUAAUUUUUUUAUUUUUAUCACUGAAAAUUUCCAUCCCCUUGAGAGAUAUACUGGGCUAUUGUCCUUCACGAGCAGCCCUGUGCAUGCUGUUAUGUAACCCACCAUUUGUAUGUUAAAUAGUCGCGACUUGUUUUAUGUACUUGUUCGUCGUCAUCUUGGUGAGUUGAUGCAAGAUAGAUAUCCUCAUGUUUUAUUUUAUGUAACAUCAUACUUGUUUUAUAGUAUCCUCAUGGUUUGUGCA